GCAGACCAGUGCGCCGCGUCGCCCUCCCGGCCCAGCCCCGCGCGCGCUAGGCCCCGCGCAGCCGUCGAGAUGGGUGAGUCAAAUGAAGAUAUAGACCAAAUGUUCAGCAAUUUGCUGGGAGAGAUGGAUCUCCUGACCCAGAGUUUAGGAGUCGACACUCUCCCUCCUCCAGAACCUAAACCACCCAGAGCUGAAUUUAACUACAGUGUGGGGUUUAAGGAUUUAAACGAGUCCUUAAAUGCACUGGAAGACCAAGAUUUAGAUGCUCUCAUGGCGGAUCUGGUAGCAGACAUAAGAGAAGCUGAGCAGAGGACAAUCCAGGCCCAGAAGGAGUCCUCUCAGAGCCGACCUUAUUCAGCAUCUCUGGAUGUACCAAGUUUCAGUGGUGCAGCCUCUCUUGGUUACGCAGCAAAUGUUGCUGCACCGAGUAUUAGCCAAUAUGAGGAUGACUUACCUCCUCCACCAGCUGAUCCCAUGUUAGACCUUCCUUUGCCACCACCCGCUCCUGAACCUCUCUCUCAGGAAGAAGAAGAAGCCCAAGCCAAGGCUGAUAAAAUUAAGCUAGCAUUGGAAAAACUGAAGGAGGCCAAGGUCAAGAAGCUCGUUGUCAAGGUGCACAUGAAUGAUAACAGCACGAAGUCACUGAUGGUGGAUGAGCGGCAAUUAGCCCGAGAUGUUCUAGACAACCUUUUUGAGAAAACCCAUUGUGACUGCAACGUGGACUGGUGUCUUUAUGAAAUAUAUCCAGAACUACAAAUCGAAAGGUUUUUUGAAGACCAUGAAAAUGUUGUUGAAGUGUUAUCAGACUGGACAAGAGACACAGAAAAUAAAGUGCUGUUUUUGGAGAAGGAGGAAAAAUAUGCUGUAUUUAAAAACCCCCAGAAUUUUUACUUGGAUAACAAAGGAAAAAAAGAAAGCAAGGAAACAAAUGAGAAAAUGAAUGCGAAGAACAAGGAGUCCUUGCUUGAGGAGAGUUUCUGUGGAACAUCCAUCAUUGUGCCAGAACUAGAGGGAGCUCUUUAUUUGAAAGAAGAUGGGAAGAAAUCCUGGAAAAGGCGCUAUUUUCUUUUACGAGCUUCUGGAAUUUAUUAUGUCCCCAAAGGAAAGACUAAGACAUCUCGAGAUCUGGCAUGUUUUAUACAGUUUGAAAAUGUCAACAUUUACUAUGGGAUUCAGUGUAAAAUGAAAUACAAAGCACCCACUGACUACUGCUUUGUUUUAAAGCAUCCCCAAAUUCAGAAGGAGUCCCAGUAUAUCAAGUAUCUCUGCUGUGAUGACGCAAGAAUGCUAAAUCAGUGGGUUACAGGAAUCAGGAUCGCCAAGUAUGGAAAGACGCUCUAUGAUAACUAUCAGCGGGCCAUGGCCAGGGCAGGGCUUGCCUCUCGGUGGACAAACCUGGGCACUGUCAACGCAGCCCCACCAGCCCCGCCUUCUACAGGAGUUAAAACAGGCACCACCCAGGCCAAUGGUCAGAUCCCCCAGGCAGCACAUUCUAUGAGUACUGUUCUCAGAGAAGCCCAGAGACAUGUUGAAACAACCAAGGACAAGAAGCCCGGCCUCGGCAGCCACGACCCCGGAGCGCCCAGGGCCCAGCCCCUUCCCAAGUCCAGCCUGCCUCCGCCCCCUCCCGUGCGACGGUCCUCGGACGUCGGCUGCGGCAGCCCAGGGAUGCCCCCCAAGGCCAAGGGCGCGGCCGCCGGCUUCCCCGCGCCGCCCCACGACCUCCUGCCGCCGCCCCCGCCGCCGCCGCCCCUGGAGGACGACGAGCUCCCUCCGCCGCCCCCCGACUUUAGCGACGCGCCCCCAGACUUCGUGCCUCCUCCACCGCCGCCGUCGUUUGCGGUCGACGCGGGGUCCUCGCUGCCGCCGCCACCGCCGCCCCCGCCGCCCCCGCCCGCCCUCGCCCCCGAAGCCGCGAAGCAGACCCCCGUGGUGGUCAAAAGGCCGCCAGCUCCCCCCAAGAGGCAGGCGAACCCAGGACCACCCGGCGGGGGAGGCGGGGAGCAGGAUUUCAUGUCGGAUCUCAUGAAAGCUUUGCAAAAGAAGAGAAGCAACAUGCCCUAAGGGAAACCUAGAAGUGUCUUUGGGUGAUGGGUGUAAUCAUUGCUAACCUCAAGUGCAUUUUUGCUACUUUGUU